AGAAGUUGUUUUAAUCAGUUAAUAGAUAAAAAAAAAAAAGUUCCUCUAACUUAAACAAAAGAAAAUAAACUUCUUGUUUCAGAUUUGAGAUGAUUUUUCCUGGUCGCGUCCUGAAUGUGUUGAUCAGUUUGUCUCUGCUGAGCAGCGCUGCCUCCACGACGGAGCGAGGUGGGAAAAUUAUUUAUAGCUUGGUAGAAUAUAAAGUCUACUUAAAUAUUGAUAAAACCAUCUUAUAGUAAUUCAUAGUUAUAUUUAUACAAGAAUAAGACAAGUUAACUGACUCUUCCAGACAGAAUCUAACACUGUGUCGAUAGAGAACAAAUCAAAAACAUCUGAAGCAAACACAACGUUCAGUGAAGAGAUUUAACUGUGUACUCAUGUGAAUCUAAAGAGCAGCAGUCUGUUGUUUCUCACCACAUUUGAAUCUUUUAUGGACUGGAAUUCUUAUUUUCUAUGCAAAAUGUUAAGAAGCAUGAAUGAAAAAGAACAAAUAAAAUAUAUUAAACCUUGACGAUGACAUCUGUUUUCAGACUGAUGCAGCAGCCUUUCAACAACACUGAUGCAUGUUGUGAUGUUUUUAAGCAGCUUUUUUCUGUAAACAAACAGCAUCAUUACGAUGAGAAACAACUGAGCGAGUUACGUUCAUGUGGUUUGACUUUUUGCACACAGCUCUGACUGUUGAAACUCCUGAAGAAAUAAGAAGAUCGGUCAAAUCUGCAGAGGACGUUUUGAUGACAGGAUAAAAGGUUGCAGCUGAAUUUGAGUUAGCUGUUGCAGUCGCGACAUGGAGGGUUUUAUCCAUCUGCAGAAGUAAAUUAAAUCUCUUUAUAUGGUUCAUACAGUUUGUAUCAGACAAAACAAACAACUAGAAGAAGGUACUGACCUGCAGUUCAAAACUGUGUCAGGCCUUUUUACUAUUUUCUGAUAUUUUACACUUUAAAUGGUCUAAAACGUUUUGGAGAACCGACACAAAGCAGCUUCAGAGAAACUAUCCAGCCAUCUCGUCUUCUCAGGGCUGAACAGUUUUACUUUUUCACUCUGUAUGUUGAUGAUUUACUGUUCACCGUCUCCGUCAGCCCCCGGCGUCAGUCUCUGGGGGAAGGUGGCCGACUUCACGUUCAAGGGGAGCCACUGGAGACUGAAGCCUCAGGUCUCCAUCCCCGCCCUGCAGGAGCUCACCGUCUGCUUCAGCCUGAAGCUUCAGGGGGUACUGAUAAGAAAACGUCCUGUAAUCCCAAUAAUUUAUAUAACAAUAAUCCUCAAAUUAAAGGAAUCUUGUGUCAUAUUUCAACCAUAUCUAGGUUGCAGCUUCUUCAACGUGGACUGCCUUCAUGUACCGUCACCCUGCAGCCCAGUACACCGAGCUGGGUGUCGGGGGAAAGUGGGAUCGUUUGGUGGUCUGGCUGUUUGGGAUGGAGUGGACGACCAAUCGGAUCAGACCUGAUGUGUCACAGUGGUACUCGCUGUGCCUGACCUGGACACACACUAAAGACAGACCCGCUCUGUACAUCAAUGGUAAACCAGUGGACCUCAUGGCAGGUUCACAUCCCUCCGUUUCCCUGUUGGGCUUCAAACUGGCCCCCAACGGAACGCUUACUCUGGGCGCGGCUCACAUCCUGGCUAACGGGAACAUCCAGGUCAUUUCAAUUACCAGCAUGCUGGGCAAAGUCUCUCUGUUUCGGCUGUGGGGCCGAGAACGCAGCGAACAGGAAGUGACAUCACUGGACUGCACAGAGGGCGACCUGGUGAGGUGGAGCAAAGACCACUGGGACACUCGGAGCCGAGCUCCAGUAACUGAUCCCAGCCUGCAGUGUGAAUGGUCCAUUUACGAAGUGAAACUGAUGUUUGUCAUCAUCCGUCCUGACGGGCACACCGACGUCUACACAGCCAGAGAGAUCGCACACCACUGGGUAAAACAAACACACACGCAGAAACAAACGAUGUCGUGAUGAGUAAAUCUUAACUGCUGUUUGUUCCUGUAGCUCAGAAAAGUUCUGCCGACAAGCUUCUAUUUACACAGAGUGUCUGUGUACGAAGUGUCCAGGUAGGAGAAGAUUCAAGUUCACAACACCAGCAUGACUCAAACAAGCUGGAAUAUAACCGAGUGUCACAUCAGUUAAACUUUAUUCAGUGACAGAAGAGGAGGCACAUUAAGACUCUCUGAUUUCUCACGCAGAUCAAAUACAGGAGGAAGUCUCGUGAAAUCACGGCAUGAAGACGGGCAGGUAAGCAACACAUCAGCCUCCUGCAGAGCUGCAGCGGUCGAUACGUGGUGGCAGGAAACCGUCAGCGCUCUGAAUCAAACUCAAACACUGAUGUUGGUAUUAACUUGGACAACCUCUGUAACUGAAAUCUAUCUGAAGUGUAACUUUAAAAUCUCCUGUGUGCAUUUUAUUCUUCAGGUGCGGUGGAUUCCCGCUAAUGACAGGUAACAAUGUCUGUGUGCUCGAUAUGUGAAUCUCAAGCAGCACUUUCCUGUUCAGUAUUAGAGACUUCGACUCAGAAUGAAUCGCUCCACCCUCACAUCCAUAUUCAGGCCUUAACAAACAGACCUUAUUUCAUUUAAAGUGGUCACGUGUGGGAGCAGCAGCUGCAGCAGGCGACAGUAACAACACAACAUCUUCCCUGUAGGUUCAACUGCCUGGUUCAUGUAACCGUCAUCCCCUGCACAGACGUGGCCACCGUGCAACAAGAGAUGCACGCCAACCUGAGCAACGCCUACAACCACCCCAGUGGUGUGCUUCAGCUGCUGGCUGAUCCAGACAGCAUUCACACUACAGCUGUGGGUAAGAAACAGCUGCGACCUGCUGACGUGUGUCUGAAACUAAUUCUGCUGCACAAUAAUCUCUUCUCUGUUUCUAGAGCGUUUCGAAGCCGCCACCAUCAGUCCUGCAAGUCCCGAUGUUGUGGUGACGAGUCCCUCUCCAGUCGCAACUACCACGUUUAAAACCACAUCAUUCGU